AUGCGUGCCCUCUUAACUCGCUCACUGUCUCUCCGUCUUGCUCUUCCUACCUCUCGCCGUGUCCCUCUCCCGCCCCUCGUCUCGGCAUACAACCGCCCCAUCGUAAUCCGCGCCAUGUCCGACAUCAAGACUGGAGCCGUGCUCGACGCUGCCGAGCUCGGUGAGGGCCAGAUGAAGAUGGUCGACUUUGAGGGCGGCGAGGUGCUCCUCUCAAAGGUCAACGGGAUCUACGGAGCUCCGCUGGCAAAGGGCGUCCUUGGCAAGGAUGGGCGCGUCACGUGCCCGUGGCACGGAGCGUGCUUCAACCUCUGCACGGGUGAUAUUGAGGAUGCGCCAGGCCUUGACUCGCUGUUCAAGUACACGGCCGAGGUGCGAGAUGGCAAGAUCUACGUCUCGGCGCCCGAAGCCGAACUCAAGGCCAAGGUUGGGCGCAAGAUUCCACGCGCGCGCAAGCCUGUGGCGGCUACUGCCGAUCACACAGUAGUGAUUGUUGGCGGUGGGUCGGGAGGGAUCCACACCAUCGAGGGCCUGCGUGAGAACAACUAUGCCGGCAACAUUAUUCUUCUGUCGCAGGAGCCGUAUGCGCCAAUUGACCGUACCAAGCUCUCAAAGGCGCUGGUCGAUGACGCAUCCAAGAUUCAAUGGCGUACUCCCGAGGAGCUCCGCAACGAGUUUGGCGUUGACGUCCGCCUCGGCACUGCUGUGACGGCUGUGGACACGGAGAAGAAGACCGUGAGCACCAAGGACGGCGAGGUCAAGUACGACAGUCUGGUGCUGUCGACUGGUGGCAUCCCCCGCAAGAUUCCCAUUGAGGGCAAGGACCUCGAUGGCGUCAUCACGCUCAGGCAUGUCGAGGAUGCCAAGGCCAUCACUUCCCGACUCGGGCCGGAGGCAGACGUUGUCAUCAUCGGCACGUCAUUCAUGGGUCUAGAGGCGGCCACCACCAUUGCCAAGAAGGAGCACCACUCGCUCGUGGUCGUCGGUGUCGACGAGGUGCCCUUUGAGCACAUGCUGGGACGCGAUCUCGGCCUCGCCAUUGUCAAGCACCUCGAGGGGCUGGGCGUCACCUUCCACCGCAGCGCGUCUGUUGAGAAGAUCACCGGCGAGAACGGCAAGGCCACGGCUCUUCACGUCAAGGGCAUGGACCCUAUCCCGGCCAACAUUAUCAUCAUGGGCACGGGUGUUGCUCCGGCAACUGGGUUCAUGAAGGGAUCGUUUGAGCUGGAACGGGACGGCGGCGUCAAUGUCGAUGAGUUCCUCCGCGUAAAGGGCAAGAACGACGUGUUCGCCAUCGGCGAUAUUUGCCACUACCCGCAGUUCCCGCGCGGCAACGUCCGCCGCGUCGAGCACUGGAACGUCGCAGGUAACCACGGCCGCCAUGUGGCCAGUACCAUCGCGGGCAAGCCGAGCGCGUACCAGCAAGUACCUGUCUUCUGGUCGAGUAUCGGCAAGGGGCUGAGGUACAUUGGCUCGGGAGAGCGAGUGGAGCAGAGCUUCGUCGACGGUUCAGCAGACGACCUCAAGUUUGUGCUUUACCAGGCCAACAAGGACGGCGAUAUUACGACGGUAUGCUCGAUGGGCCGCGACCCUAUCGUCGCAAAGGCCAACGAGCUUCUCCGCACCGGCAAGAUGCCCAAGCUCGACGAGAUCAAGGCUGGUAAAAACAUUCUUGACAUUCAGUAA